UAGAGAAAUUGUUCGCCCACAAGGUUAUCAGAGUCGCACCUUCAGCCACUGGAAUGUAUUUGUCCACUCGAAUAUUCCUACUGCUUAACAAUCGCCGUGCCAGCAUAGUGAGCAGGACACCGAACGAGUGCAGCGAGGAGACAGAGCCACAAGCUGACCCAACAGCCGCCCACAAAAUGGCUGACCCCUUCUACGUGUUCCUCACGGGCGGCACAGCCCACAACAUGCCCGCCAACACGACCCGCGUAAUGCUCAUGGCCCGCGAACGCAACGACGCCGCGGCCGCGACCGAGGAGUACGCUACGGCUCGCAAGGGGGCCAAGGCGGAGCUGAAGGCUAGCAAAAAGGAGCUCCAGGCAGAGCUUGAGGCUGCGAGCAAGAAGCUCGACGCUGCUCACAAGGCCGAGUGGGGGAGCAAGCCCAAAGACAAGCGCAAGUGGCUCAUUGCCCGACAUCAACAGCAGCAACAGCAGCAGCAAGAACAACAGCAACAACAACAACAGGGUAUCACCAGCGUGGACGGCAAUGAGGCGGCCAUGGUGGCGCAGGAAAGUCAGCCGUUCUCCCGGGAGCCGUCAGCAACAACAGCAGCUGAUGACGGCAUCGUCCCGGAAGGACCUUCAGCCGCAGAUCAGAGCGCGACAGAACAAGCAUGUCUCGAUAUGCAGCUGAGCGAGGUUUAUGAGCGUGCCACCCGGGCCAUGGCAGACUUGCGUGCCAUCCUUGACUCUCCAGGAGUUGCCCAGAGAUUUACCCAAGCAGGUGCUUGA